AUGAAGCGAAAAACUAGAGGUUCAGGUUUACGCGUCAAACCUGCAAAAUACACCGGUUGCCAAUCUGGCUUUCGUAUAAGCUACAAGGAGGACGAGUUUAUCAUUUCUUCCGCGAAAACAGUUCACAAUCACAGAUGUGAAAAAACUCUUAUGAUAGGUGAUCCAUAUUUUAGACGCCUGUCCGGGGAUGAAAAGGAGAAUAUUGCACCAGUUGUGAAUACUACAUCUGAGGUUGGUGAUGUCUUGGAAUAUGCUGAAGAGAAUUUUAAUAAAAUUUUGACGAGCACAGAUGUGUAUAAUUUACGUAAGGAUGUGAGACCAGGUAAUUGA